AUGUCGAAGAAGUUCACCGUAAUUAAUUCACCAUUGUAUUACGACGAAGAUAUUACGAACUAUGCUACUGUUAAUGCAACUGAUAUUGAUUUGAGUGAAACGCAAUACCUUGAAAUAACCACACGUCACGGCGAGUUCAAAUUUGAAGCUGUCACUGAUAUUGGCGUACCAUCAAAUACUAUUGGACUUAAUUCUCGACAAAGAACGCGCGAUCGGCUUAAAUUGUACCAUACAUAUUACGUUAAACCAUCAGUUAAACAGAGUUCUUUGCAUUCUAUUGUUGAUCUAUUUGAUCAGAAGUACAACUUUAGAGCCAAGGUUGGUGGUUCGGACACGGUGUUUGAAAAAAUAUUUGGUGAGGCGUUGCUAGCCAGAUUUUAUCCGAAGAAUUUUGUGCAGCGAACCAAUAUGAAACAUGCCAAAGGAAUUCUGUUAUAUGGAGUAUCAGGAACUGGGAAAACAUUGAUCGCUCGAACGGUGAGUGAAAUAUUAGGUGUGCUGCCAAAAGUGAUUAAUGGACCAGAAAUCUUGAGUAAAAUGCUUGGAGAUUCUGAGGCGAAAAUACGUCAGUUGUUUGAUGAAGCAAAAUCCGACCCCAAUGGAGAUCUUCAUCUUUUAAUCUUCGAUGAAAUCGACGCUGUUUGCAAGCGACGAUCAGUCGACGAAGCUAAUGUACGUGAUUCCGUUGAAAACAGUAUUACUUCUCAGCUUUUAUGUGAAAUGGAUGGAUUGCAUCAGUUGAACAACCUUUUAAUAAUAGCAACGACUAAUCGCCCCAGUGCAAUUGAUCCCGCUCUUCUACGACCUGGUCGCCUGGAGAUACAUGUUAAAAUUGAGCUUCCCAACGACGAAGCACGUCUUAAUAUUUUUGAUAUAUAUGCGAAACCGCUACUUCAAAAUAAUCUGUUACAUCAUGAUGUUAACUUUGAUCGAAUUAUUCAAGAAACUCAAGGUUGGACGGAGGCGCAUAUUGAACGGCUUGUUAGAACUGCCAACGUUUGCGCAAUGAAGCGGGAUUUAGUGGCUCGUGGAACGCUUAAAAUUGACGAGUCAGCUGCUGAUGCAUUAAUGGUGUCUGAUGUGGAUUUCAUCGCGGCAAUAAACGUUAUCCGAUCCAUAUCCCUCAGCCUCUGA